AUGCCGUUCUCCAGUUUGCUGGGUGAUGAUUGGAGCAGCAUGCAGAGCACAGCGAUCUAUGUGGAUGUCGCAAUGCUUUGCGUUAUUGGUUGCUGCCUCUUCGUCUAUCUGUCAGAUAUUUACAGGCUGUGUCCUGGCUGGGGCUCCGUUCGAAGGUUCGAUGGGGACGGCAACGAGGAUCAGAGAGCUAGAGAAGACUUGCUGCAACGCGAGUUUGCGCAACACCAGGCUGCAGCAUUGGAAGGAUCACCUGCUGCCGCAAAAGUCUACGGCUCGAUAGGAAAGCCAACUUGGGGCGUCCUGGAGGCACCAACGCAGAAAGAAGUUCUGGUGCAGCAUCCAGUCUAUGGAGAAGUGAAGGUGCGAGAAAACUUUGAGGAAACUCAACGCCUGCGACGAGAGUCGUCGUGCGCGGCCAAGUACGACAGUGCGAAGUUGGAGCCAAGUGAUCUUUGCACGCACGAGACCCUCACGACGUUUCUUCAUGAAAUCAGGUGGUGGGCAAAAGAUGAGCGCUACUUCAUGGCUCAGUCGCAAGUCUCGACGAACCAGGCUAGUGUGCAUGCACCGGUAUCGUCUUCGUGUCUCAAGUGCUCUGAGCCUGGGCUCUUGCCUGUGACAGUUGCUGAUCAAUGCGCGGCAGAGUGGGAAUUGAGCCUUUGCCACUUACACAGGCGACUAUCACGUGCAGCCGCCGGCAAGGUUCGCCUCGGGCCUGGUCCUUUCCUUUCUGCCCUGUUCGAAAGCGACAAGGCAUCUCAAUGGGCUUGGGCAGGACAGCUGCUUUCGACGAUGCGUCGCAGAUCCUUCAAAGAUUCUUUGGUGGCCCUUGGUGGGGUUGCAUCCUCCUGCGCGAAGAGCGUGCAGUGGCCACAUUCGUUGAGUGUGCUGUCAGCUGCCGCCCAGUGCGGGCCCACACCGGAUGUUGUGCUCUUCAACGUUGUGAUCAAGGCGUGCGAGAGGGCUCAGCAGUGGCAACGGGCCUUGCGGCUUUUCCGGCAAAUGGGUUUGCGUGGUGCUCCACCCAAUGCUGUCAGUUUCAGCACCACGAUGACAGCUUUGACGCAUGGUACUAGAUGGGAUCUCAGCAUCCGUCUGAUGGAGGAGGCUCGCGGCUCCGAGGAGCUGCUGAACAAGUUCGUGUUUUCUUCCGCAAUCGCAGCCUGCGAAAAAGGUCACCAGUGGACCACGGCAAUACAAAUUCUGGAACAGGCGGAGGAUGCUGCAUCUCUGAAUGCGGCCAUCAGUUGCAUUGCCAAGGCAUUCAAGUGGCAACACGCACUUGACCUCGCAGCAUCCUUGCCUUCGAGACAAGUUCAGCCCAGUAGCAUGACAUACAACGCUUCGAUUGGUGCAACCGGGGCCGGAAAUCAUUGGACACUGGCUUUGCAUCUGUUCUCCGACAUGCAAAACAGCCAGGUGCAAAGCAACAACAUGACCCUGGGCUCGCUUGCUUCCGUCCUGGGAGAGUCUUCACAGUGGCCUCGAGCUCUGCAGCAGUUCGAGGCUUUUGAAGCGGAUGGUGGUGUGGCGGAUGCCAUCACGUUGUCUGCCAUUCUGGCAGGCUGCGCCAAGGGUUCCAGCUGGGAGGCUUCGUUGGCGUUGUUCGCCGGGAUCAGAGCUCGCCAGCUUGAUGUGCACGUCAUUCCAUGCAAUGCAGCUAUGACGGCUUGCCAGAGGGCUGAGCAGUGGCAGCGUGCCUUCCUGCUCUUCGAGGAAAUGGCUUCCAUACACCUCAGCCCUGGACGUCAGACGUGGAACGUUGCGAUCCAGGCAUGCUUGUGCGGGGCUCUUUGGGAGUCUGCUGUUCAUCUCCUUCAACAGUCGGAGGAGCCUGAUGAAUUCGCCUUCAGCGCGGCUACCUUGGCAGUUCUAGCUGCUGCCUCUGUCGAUCAUGUUCAGCGCUCACAGGCGCUUGCCCUGUACAGAGAGGCUUGCGAGAGGGGAGCCGCAUGCCACCUGCACAGCUUCGAGGCUGGGGUAAUCGACCUGCAUGGCCUGCUUGCGGAGCAAGCGAAGCUCGCUGUUGAGGCUUCGCUUUUGGAGAUGCUCGUAAACGCUUGCCUUGGAAAGCAGAUUUUGGCUGACCUCGUCAUCGUCGUUGGUGUGGGGCACCAUAGCGCCGGUGGCCAGCCAGUCGUUGGACCUGCUGUGCUCAAGUUGCUGAGUGAGCUCCGGAUGCCCGUGGCGCCUUCGCCGACGUCGCCAGGACGGCUAGUGGUCAAGGCUGCAGACAUUCGACGAUGGCUGGACGAUGCCUGA